UGGAGCUUUGACUCAAUCCAGGAAGAGGAGCAGCUCUGUGGAUCUGAACUUUGCUCACCGCAGAAUCCUGAUCAUACGACCUCCGAUACAACAGGUGGCGCCAUAUACCAUGACGUCCCGCUUUAUUCUGAAGGACUCCAGCCGGAAAUGUCUUUGUUGUUGGCAAAACAGAAGCCAGCGAGGCUGACGGAAGCCAACGGCUCGCGGGCAUUAACAGAGUUGAAAUGGUAGAGUAGCAAAUGGCUAAUGUCACUGACGUCUGUCUGAGGCAGUCGGAGAGGAGACGUUCAGCUGACGCAGACAUUUGUCCUCUGGAGUCUAAAUCUUUGAGGACAGAUGGAGAGACCAUCCUUUUCAGACUGAACAGGAAAUCAGGAUCCACCCCUCACACGGGAAGUUUCACUGUGGACAGACAGGAAGAGGAGAGGACAUCUGUCACAGGUGGAGGAAUGAUGGGAGAGAAGGCGGUCGCCACGGAGACCAGCGAGUCAAGUGAGGAUGAACUGGGACGGCUGGACAUCGACCUGGACAGGAAGUCCAAACAGCAUAACCUGACAUCCAGCAACGUGCGAGCCAUCCUGCACGAGGUGAUUACCCAUGAGCGUGUGGUGGCCAUGAUGAAAGCUGCCAUCAGAGACACUCAGGACCUGCCCAUGUUUGAGCCAAAGAUGACUCGGUCCAGACUGAAGCAGGCUGUCCAGCAGGGACAGCCACUGAACUGGAAUCUGUCAGCAGUGAACACAUCUGCAGUCAAGCCUCCUCAGUUUGUUGACAUUGACCUUGAGGAGGAUGAAGACUCAUCAGAUGAAGAGUAUUGUCCUGAUGAGGAAGAGGAGGAGGACACAGCUGAGGAGACCUUCCUCAGUGAUGCAGACAGCUUGGCUUCCCCUCCCAGAAUGCAUCAGGGAUCUCUGCCCAAACGUCUGGAAAUCCAGGGGACCGAUGAAUCCCUACAGGGAUCUCCAGGUCGCCUGGGCGAACAGGUGACGACCUGCACCUGUGCUCCUCAGCUGCUCCCCACUGCUCCUGAGACAUCCUUUUUGGAGAGACUGAAUGCUGUGGAAGAGGAGCUGGACUGUAGCCCAGCCUACACCUUUAACCAGUGUCUGGACAGGAAGGCUGAUGAUGACGAUGAUGGCGGUGGUGCUGAGGGCUCUAGCUGUUUGGCGUACCGCACACGCUCCAAACUUCGCCUGGUUAACGUUCCUUUGGGUCAGCUGGAGGCGGAGCUUCUGCCUCCUGAUAUUACAGCUGACAUGUACGAUCAGAGCGCCGCCCAGUGCGAGGAGGAUCCUCACUGGACCAAGUGGCUGCAGGGUCUCAUGGCCCCCGACAACGAAGAGGAAGCUGAUGAUGAUGACGAUCCAGAGUACAAUUUCCUGGAAGACCUGGAUGAACCAGACCUCGAGGACUACAGGACGGACCGGGCUGUCCAGAUCACCAAGAAGGAAGUGAACGAGCUGCUGGAUGAGCUCUUUGACACACUCCAGGAAGAGGAGCAGGAGGAGGAGCCGGAGGCCCCGCCACAGCCUGGACCCAAAUUUAACGUCCCCCAGGCUUUACGUUUUGAGGCGCCGUUAGCCAGCAUGUUAACGGAGCGACGGCGGACGGUCAGGAAACAGUACGAGGCUCUGCAGCAGAGGAGAGCCCUGCAAGACACGACCAAUCAUCACCGCGACAACGCGAACCUGAAGGAAACUCCCAGCCCGCAACCCGACACCGUGGCUCACGUAGUCGUGCUGCCGAGCCGGGUCUGCCCCACCCUCCACCUGGACUACACCCAGAAACUGCAGCUGCAGCAGCAGAUCCAGCAGCAUGUGCAGCUGCUGACUCAGGUUCACCUGCUGUGCCGCCGCGUGGAAGCUUUGAACCAUGAAGCCUCCAUCACCAAACACUACCUGGAGGAGCUGCAGCACUUUGCCAGCCGUCAGGAGGAGGUUUUUCUCCACAGCAGUUUCAGAGUGUGUAACCUGCAGGGGGCUCUGGACCUUCUGCAGGAGGUGGAGCAAAGAGCAGAGCCUCCUCCUGCUCCUCCUGCUCCUGCUGCCUCCAGACGCUGGCUCCCCAGGAUGACUCCUGCUACAAACAGCCACGCCUUCCCUCUGCUGCCCCUCGACACUGCCUGGCUGUUCGCCACUCGACCCGUCUUCCUCUAUUCAGAACUACUUCCUGUCUGCAGCCUGGACCACAGUAGACACCACCGCAGUGUUUACACUCCGGGAGAGAACAGCUUGAUCGUUUUGGGUCUGAAGCACUUUGAGGGGACGCUCCAGUCGGAUCAGCUGAUCAGCUCUUACCUGCUCUGUAAGACUCGAUGGAGCAUCAGGAAGCACAUCCGAGAGAUGAGCGGGCCAAGAGCGCCAGCCAACAAUGUUAUCAAGACCUUCCUGACGCAACGAGUCGUCCCCCUGCUGCCCCUCGCCUGCAGCAGAGUCCGGCCGGGAGACCUGCGCCCCCCAGUGGACAGAAACACGUCCAACAUGCCAAACUGGCUGAAGAACAGUCAGCAGAUCAUCCAGAAGACCCGACUUAACUCCAGCUGUUUCGCCCCCUCGCUCCCCCCAGGCUGCACCCUUAGGCUCCACCCUCAAUGGCUGAACAAGUCCCGCCCUACACCUCCACCCCACAGACGAUUCUUCACUCUGGCUCACAAUGCAUCUCUGCUGCCGCUCGCCAAAGCCCCGCCAGACAGACAGGUGGACUCAUUGGUAGAUAGACAGACAACGACACAAGUAGAAAGACGGGUGGACAUGCAGCCAGUCAGCUGUCUUUCCCCUCCAGGUGUCCAGAGUACAUCCAGUCAUACAGUCCCCGUCCACACCGUCUGUGCUGACAUCAUCCAGCCCUGCCUUCCCUUUGGCCACACGAUGCACCAGAAUGUUUCUGGGCAACAAGACAGUGUCCCUACCCCCCUUGUCCCUCCACUCUCCGUCCUGACCAACCCUGACUCUACAAAUCCCAUAAUGCCUUGCAUAGCUGCCCCUGUGAAGCCAGGUUACUUCCUUCUCCAAAUGAUGUGGACACCACCAGUUCCACCCACAGCUUCACCCACCGUCACCCCCCAACAUGCUCUGGGGCAGAAGAUCCACCGACCAAUCAAAGAAGAGAAGGAGAAGAAUGUGCUGAUGUCCACACCUUCACUGCAGGAGGAGAGACAAGAGGAGCAGGAGCAGAACUCAGCCUCGCCAUCAACACUGAGCCCUCUGUCCUCAUGUGCAGGAGAGAAGGAGGAGGACGAGAAGGAGAACUGGACCCUUCUGGGGGUUGUUAGUUUGAAUGGAGGAGAAAAGGCUGGUGGAGAGGAGGAACUGGGGAGAGAGGGAGGAGGAGCAGCAGGUGGUGGAGAGGAGGAACCAGGCGGAGGAGCAGAGGGGGAGCAGGGAGGAGAUGGGGGGGAGGAGGAGGAGGAGGGACAGAGGGAGCAUGGGGGAGGAGAGAGGGAAGAGGAUGGAGAGAAAGAUAAGGAUGAAGAUCAGGACCGGCAGGGCGAGGAAGAGGAGGAGGAAGACUUCGACGACCUCACGCAGGAUGAAGACGAGGAGGAAGUGAUGUCAUCAGCGUCAGAGGAGUCGGUGCUGUCUGUUCCAGAGUUACAGGAGACCAUGAAGCAGCUGACAUGGCUGGCGGCGGAGCGGCGACUCUGUGCAGACGGAGACUCGGAGGAGGAGCACUCUCCGACCUCCCCCGGCUCGCAGGAAGAGGAAGAGGAGGAGGAAGAGGAAGGGCCUAAAGGUGAGGAGUCAGGAGAGGGGAGGAGCAGUAAGGAGGGACGAGACGAGGAGACGCCAUCAGGAGAGGGGACGCCCAGAGGAGGAGGGCGAUGUCCUGGACGAGGACGAGGUCGAAGCCGACCUCUUCGCGGCCUGAGGAGGAGCCGUCAGGAGCGCCACAGUAAGGACGCCGCUAAACUGUUACUGCUGUAUGACGAAAACAUCCUGGACAACGACCCGCACAGAGAGAGCAAAGACGUGGCCUUCGCUCAGAGUUACCUCAACAGGGUGCGUGAAGCGCUGCAGGACGUACCUGGGCAGGUGGAGGAAUUUGUGUCUCUGUUACAUGAGUUCGAGCAGGCGGGAGAAGGACAGGAAGUGACGUCGCUGUUCAGGAAGCUGCGCAACAUCCUUGGCGACCGGACAGACCUCCUUCGGGACUUCGCUGCGUUCCUGCAUCCUGAGCAGGCGCUGCAGUGUGGACUGUUUGAGGAGCAGCAGGCGUUUGAACGCAGCCGGCGGUUCCUGCGACAGUUGGAGAUCAGUUUUGGGGACAACCCAUCACAUUAUCAGAAGAUCAUCAAAGCUCUGCAAACCGGCCCAGACCCGAGUCCAACCAGCAUCCACGAGCUGAAAGCUCAGAUGGCAACGCUGCUGAAAGGCCACACACAUCUUCAGGCUGAGUUUUGGGUGUUUUUUGAGGAGCUCCGCCCACUUGCAGCUCGCCCAGGACAGUUUGAAGAAGCUCAUUGGCCCGAGGACGGAGGCGGCGGGUCAGAUGGUGGAGAGGGUGUCAGCACGGUGUCGGGGGGCGGAGCCACCAGCGGCUUUGAGGAAGUGACGCUGCCAGAGCUUGAGGAGGAAGAGGAGGGGCAUAAGAUCCAACCAAUGACAAGCCGCCGCAAGAGGAGGAAGAUGGACGCUCAUAUAAACUACAAGGACUGUGAUUGGGCCGAUAAAGACUGGCCCUGCCUCUGUCAUGGUGCAAAGAUCCGCAGACACAGGAGGAAAGGAUGCUCUCGCUGCCACGGCAACAAGACCUCUGGGGGCGUGUCCAGGGCCAUGAAGAGCCUGGACCCCGUGUACUCACAGUUAAGCUCCAAUCACGAUGAACCAGGUGACAAAGACCUGGACUUAAAGGGGGACCAUGACAGCCCACAGCCAGAUCAACGCAGUGCAUCGUGGGAAGGCUCAUUCCCUCUGACUGAUGAGAAAGACGAGGAGGAGCUGGAAGAUGAGGAGGAUGAUGAAGAUGAAGAGGAGAGGAAGAACAGUGAGAGAAAGAGGAGCAGGAGCACCACCUCCUCUUCCUCACCCUCUGUGACCUCCUCCAUGAUCCCCCAUACCUCUGCCUCCGCCUUUUCUGCUGCUUCCUCCAUCCUUACUCCUACCACAACCGCCUCCCCUGCCUCUCCCACUAUCUCCUCCUCCAUCGCCUACUCCUCUUCCUCCAUCUCUCCAUCAGUCUGCAGCUCCUCCUCUGCUCCUCCUCGGCCCAGUCCUCCUCCUGAGCUCCCGGUCUGUGCCAAAAACAUUUCUCUGACAGCAAGCGGAGAGAAAGUCAUCCUCUGGACCAGAGAAGCAGAUCGAGUCAUCCUGACCACAUGUCAGCAGGAAGGAGCCAAUCAGAACACUUUCCAGGCCAUUUCUACUCUGCUCGGCAACAAGACCCCUAGUGAGGUUUCUCGUCGCUUUCGCGAUUUGAUGCGUUUAUUUCGGACGGCUGCUCGUCAGACCAGCUCAGAGGAUGAGGCUCCACCCACUGAGCCGACUGCAGCCAAUGAGGAUGAAGACUGAUAUUAAGUAGUCAGAAACACUGCACAUCGAUGUUAACCAAUGAGAAGAGCCGCUGAUUCAGUGGCUGGAAAAAGUUGGAUAAUAUCAGGACUUUUAUUGUGAAAGGGUUCAUUAAAUGUCACAGAGGUGUUCGCUGUACAUGAAAGAAACUGUAGAUAUUAUUAUUUAACUUUGUAAAAAUGUGAGAAAUCAGAGUUUCUUUUUUACAAUAAAAGUUUUUCUCUUAAA